AAGAGCACACGGAAGAAGGCAGUCAAUUCGGAUUAGAAAUGGAAAGAAUUAUAUUGAAAUAUUUACAUAAGAAAAAAAGAAAAAACUUAAACAAGAUCAGAGACAAAUUUGACGUAACGUUUAACAUAAAAGACGGCGAUCAAAUUUGCACUCUUACGGUAGUGCCGAGGAAGGGGUGUUCACAGUCGGCCAGGAUCGAAAGGGCCUAUGACGCAUUGGUCGGUCUAUAUCAAAAUGUGGUCUUAACUUAUAGCAUGUUACACGACAGCAUAACAACAUCUGAAGAAAAGCUCAAGAGAAAUUCAAAAGUUUCUAAAAUGAUUGACGAUUCUGAGGCAACAGAACUUCUUAUAUAUAUAAAUGACAAUGUGAUAGAAUUUAUAGGACCAAAAAGGGAGGUUUUAAAGGCAAAGUCUAAUGUUCAAAAAGCUCUCGGAUACAAUGUGAAGCCAAUGCAAUGGAUUGUAGCCAUUGGUAUUGCUACCCGUGUAAGGACUAUUUAGCAAAAGACCCAUCUGUGAGGAAUUGUGUCAUAUGUACUAAAGGUCAUCAAAAAGACACACCAGUUGACAACCUCAAGGAUGAAGACAAGUGUAUCAUUUGCUUAGAGAGAAUGAUUAAUCCCAAGAUGCUGGAGAAAUGUGGUCAUUCAUUCUGCAAGGACUGUAUCGAUGAAUGGUUGAAGAAAUCAAGACCCCAAUGUCCCGUAUGUGGGGUAUCGUACGGUAAACGUAAGGGCGACCAGCCAAAAGGAGGGACUAUGACUUCACGUAAAAUGUAUACGUCACUACCUGGGUAUGAUGGGUGUGGCCAUAUUGAAAUAAUCUACUCCAUACCCAACGGAACACAAGAGUCUAUUCACCCAUCCCCGGGAAAGAAUUAUCGUGGAGUCAUCUGGACAGCUUAUCUGCCAGAUAACAAGGAGGGAAAGGAGAUCCUUGCACUUUUAAAGAAAGCCUUUGAUGCACGUCUGAUUUUCACCAUUGGUCAAUCAAGAACACAUGGUACUGAUGACGUGGUAACGUGGAAUAUCCACCACAAGACAAAGAUAUAUGGAGGACCAACACAAUUUGGCUAUCCUGAUCCCGAUUAUCUCGCCAGGGUAAGAGCUGAACUUGCGGACAAAGG